CUAAAUGCUGGGUGUCCUCGCGGCUCGUUCCUCUCCUCCUGGCCAGUGGGUGUGUGAGAGACCCGUGGAGGCUCCCAGGGCUCGCGUUUCGGGGCAGAACAGCCCAGACUUGGCAGCCGGCGACUGUCGUGGUCUCGCUGUUGUGAGGUCGCUGCUCAGACAGGGAGCAGAUUCUUCUUCUGCUUGAGACGCCGGAUUGAAGAAAGGGUCUGAGGUCCCUGGGAGUGAAAGGCGCGUGGCAAACAUAUCCUAAAGACAAGGUGGAGGAGGAGGAGGAGGUUUCCUUCGGACUCUAAGUUGUCCAACCAGAAAGGAAAAAUGUCCCAGGUCAUACCAAACCACGUGCUGCGGGUUGGGCAGACCGUGUGUGUCGCAUCGCAGGAGGAAAGCCAAAGCUUGCGCCCGGCGGGGUACCCGGGCUGCUCGGCGCUGCGGACGGACUGCUCCUACUACUCAACGGAUGGCUGGGCUGACCCGUCCGCCGCGGGGCGAGCCGAGGCGCGUCUGCUUCCCCACGGAGGGCUGUACCGAACGCUCCCUGCCUUCGAACACGCGGCCUCCCACGCUCAAGGGAAGGGGCAGCAGGAUGCCUCCCGGCAGACACCCCACGUGCCUUGUCAGCCCAAGGAGGAGGACACCGCCGUGGAUCCUGGUGCUCCCCUGGUGUCUCCCACCUUGGAUAUAUCGAUAGAAAGUCUCAACCAGCUGAUCCUGGAAAUCGAUCCAACCUUUCAGCCACUCGCGUGCAAGCCGGUGAAGGAUGCUGUCCAACCUGCUGCUCAGAGUGACCUUGUUGCGACCAACAGGCAAGAUCCGGAGGCAAUAGACUUCAAAUACAUCGAGAUGACGGCAGCUAGAGCGCAGUGUCCCGAGCGGCUGCAGGGCUCCCCGAGCCCGUCCGCCACGCCGUUCUCGAGGUCCCCGCGAGGCAGCGGCUUCCUGCCCCAAAAAGGGGGGCUCAGAGGCAACUACAGCACGAGCGGCAGCGUGGUCUUCUCGAGCCCCCCCGGGCCCGAGAGCCCCCGGGCAGGCGCCCCAAGCUGCGCUGCCCCCCCGACCUGCGGCAAGGCCUCGGAGGGCAUCGCCGUGCCCCAGCGGUGCGGUGCUGGGCAGAGGGACAGCAUCUCCUACGGCCCGAGCGCUCUCCUCGGCACGUCGCCGGGCUCGGACAAUUUGCUGAAGCCCUGGCACGCCGUGAGGGGACAGCAAAGGACCAGCUCCCUGCUGUCCACCAGUCCCGGCUCGGACACCAGCUACGUCCUGGGAAGCAGCACCCACUCGCUCCUCAACGAUGAUUCGGACGCUCACCCCGCUGCCGGCCGCUCGGCUGACUGCCCGUCCCCCGCGGGGGCCCUUGGCAGCCCCUACCCAUCUUCCCCAAGCGUCAGAUCCCACGCUGGAGAAGCCUUUGGCCUGGGCUCCCUGCAGCCCAGGUCAGCCCACUCCACCAAAGCCAGUAUGUCCCCAUCCCAGAAGGGCCAGGCCAGCAGCUGCCCCCCUUCCAUCCUCAACUCCGCAGCUGACAUCCCAGUGCUGCUGGUGAACGGCUGCCUGGAGCAGGGAGACGCGUCUCCUCGGCUGCCCAGAGGCUCUGCAGCCUCGGCGAAGCAGAGCCCCACUCCCAGCUGCGCUCCAUCCCCUGGGCUCGGUGGCCUGAACAACGCGUUGUCCGCGCCGGUGCUCUCCUGCGUCUCCGACAGUCCCCUCAGAGAUGGGCAACCAACCAUGAAGUUUGUGAUGGACACAUCGAAAUACUGGUUCAAGCCAAGCAUAACCAGGGAACAAGCUAUCCAGCUGCUGAAGGACAAGGAGCCAGGCACGUUCAUUGUGCGAGACAGCACGUCGUACCGGGGCUCUUUUGGACUGGCGAUGAAGGUCCUGGUCUCUCCGUCCGGCAGCCAGACAGGCGACGACAGCAGUGAGCUCGUCCGGCACUUCCUCAUCGAGUCCUCCGCCAAAGGGGUGCACUUGAAAGGAGCCAGCGAGGAGCUGUAUUUCGGGAGCCUGUCCGCCUUCGUGUACCAGCACGCCAUCACGCCGCUGGCGCUGCCCUGCAAGCUCAGCAUCCCCGCCCGCGUCCUAGCCCUUGCGUGGAAAGGAGUGUCACCGUGGACAUCAGUGCUUCUGCUUGUCGUUUGUGCAGACCUUGCCGACGGAGAAAGUAGCCCUGACUGUGCUCCAGCAUCGGCGGUGUCCCUGCUGAAGAAAACCGCUGUGUGCAACGUCUUGUACCUCAACUCGGUGAACGUGGAGACGCUCACGGGAGCCCCGGCCAUCCAGAAAGCCAUCUCCUCCACCUUCGAGCUGGAGACGCUGCCCACGCCCACCCUCGUGCACUUCAAAGCCACCGAGCAGGGCAUCACGCUGACGGACAUCCAGCGAAAGCUGUUUUUCAGACGACACUAUCCCCUGGCUGCCGUCCGGUUCUGCGGGAUGGAUCCUGAAAGCAGAAAGUGGCAGAAGUACUGCAGGGCCUCAAGAAUCUUUGGGUUUGUGGCCAAAAGCCAGACAGAUUCGGAGAAUCUCUGUCACCUGUUUGCAGAGUACGACACGGUGCAGCCAGCGUCUCUUGUGAUCGACUUUGUCAGCAACCUUCUGCCAGGCCCGUAGAGGACAAACCCUGGGAGAGCUCAGGGCUAGCGGCUGCCCACGUGCUGCUGAGACGGUUCCUCACUUUUUACUGCUUCUGGGUUGCAUUUUGGCAACAGCUCAUAUUUAUAUUUUUUUGUUACAUACUGUCAUGUCAGGAGUUUCGGUUAAAGGUUUCAUACUCACUGCUCAGUUCUUGGAAGCUUCUGGUGGGAUCAGAUGCUCCUUCAAGGCCUCCGUGAGGGAUCAUAUGGAAGCAUUCACGACGAUGGCGAACGCAUCAGGAUCCCACCGUGCGGAAAGCUGUGCCUGGCCCGGGAGCGGAGGCAUGUGAGGGAAAGCUGGGCUUGCCUUACGAAACUGCUGGCUCGCUCACCUGGCAUGCACGCUUUCCUUUUCUCCACGGAGCACUGAAAUACUCUGGCCGAGGUUCCUACCAGUAACGGGGGUGCCUUGACUUUGGGUGUCCAACCUGAGGCACGUCUGGGGGAGCCGAGCCCCCCUUCGGAGAAGCAGCCUUUGAGCCCCCCCCCAACCCGGCAAGAGAGGGAAGGUCUGUCGGAGGCAGGGAGCCGACUCUCCACCUCGAAGACAGACCUGCAUCGCACGGCAGUUUUGCAAAUCAAAGCAUAUAGAAAUCACUAGACCCUGCUGGAGAAUCCUGCUUUCCUGAAAGAGCAGGAAACAUCCAAAGGCGGAAAUGUCAGAGCAGCGUAUUUUUGCCAGGUGCUGGUAAAUUCUCCUGCCCUUUUUUGCAAAGCAGGGUUACAAACUAGCUCAACCUACAUGCGCUGAGAUAAGCUGAGAAGUAAAUGCUGACAUUUUCAUGACAGUAAAACACUGGGGUUUUGGACGUGGUUUUCAUGAAUUUGGGCCAGAUCCUCAGAUGACGUAAAUUGGCGUGGCCUCGUGGAAGCCGGGGCUGCUGUGAUUUACACCAGCUGAAGAUUUAGCUCUUGCUGUAAUGUCAGAGUGGGGUAGAGCUGCUCCAGUCUAACAUGUAAUCUCCUCGCCUCCCCCCUGCUUUCCUUGCACCACUAUAUUGUUUUAAUUUGGGGCUGUGUGCUAACAAACCCUGCUUAAGGGUAUUUUCAAUAAAACCGGUGGAUCAUUUA